GCGGCUACGCCGGCCACGGACCGCCCAUGCCCGGCAUGGGCAUGCCGCCGCCGGUGGCGCCGUUCGGCCUGCCCGGCGGUCCGCACGGCGGCCAGGGCAGCGUGAUGAUGUUCAUCCAAGGCAUGCCGCCUGGUGGAACGAGUCACGCGGUCGUGCCGCAACAGUACAUGACGCCGAGCAUGUACCAGCAGCAGUACGCGCCGCUGCCGCAGCCGCAGCCGCAGCAGGGCAUUUACUCGCAGCAGCAGCAGCCACAACAGAUGUGGUCGGCCAUAGGGCUGCAGCAGCAGCAGCAGCAACAGCAACAACAGCAGCAGCAGCAACAACAGCAGCAGCAACAGCAGCAUCAGCAGCAGCCGCUGGAGCCGCGCCACCUGCAGCAGUUUGACCAGCAGCUGUCGUCGUUCGAGCAGCUGCAGCAGUUCGACCAGCGGCAGAUGUUGCCGGCCGUGGUGCCGCCGCCGGCGCCGGCGCCGCCCCAGCCGCCGUCGGCGCCGCCGCCCGCAGUCGCCCAGCACGCGCAGCACGCGUUGACGAGCCACCGCAUCCCGAUCAUCAACCCGAGCACAGGCCUGGAGAGCUGA